AGUCCUGGAUAUAACACAGACCUCCCUCUGCAAGUCAACGAGAGACGCACAGGCACGCACACAGUGAGACAGAGAAGCAGGCAGCAAGGAGAGAAAAGGGCAGAGACGCAGGCACAAACACAAGACAGAGACGUCGAGACAGAGAAAAUGAGAUGGCAGAGAUAGAUGAGGAGACCGCUGAAGUGCAGCUAGAAGAGGAGGAGGAGGAAGAGGAGGAAAGAGCCAGAAAAAUGGAGACGUGUUUGCACCAUUUGCUCCCAGAGUGAAGAGAGAGAGAGAGAGAGAAAAAACAACACGUUAACCAUUCAGACAGGAGCAGAGACGCGGCCACAGAUCUGCAGUGAGAAACACACAAGCCCUCAUUAAUGACACCCAGACUGAAUCGUCUUCAGCUACAGGAGGCAGGAGAGAUUCAGCGAACAGGACAUUUGAGGCUCCUCUGCUUGCUUGCAGACAGUUGAAUCAGCAGCGUCUCCCUCAGACAAUCGUGACUGGACCUUUCUUCAAUGUGAGAAACAAAGGAAGAUAUUUUUUCUCAUCGUCACAGUUGCAUUGUCUAUUUUUCCUUUGGCAUAAAUCGACACUAUUCUGAGAGCGACGACUGACAAGGAAUGCACAUUGAGCACAGGUACUGUUUUGUUGAGAGUUAAAAAAACAAAAAAACAACCAGGGCUGUGAUGCACACUCCAGCCUCCAUGGUGAUGGGGAUUGUGUUCUCCCCUUUGGGACUGGUCCUUGUCUUCACUGCCGCCAUCACUCCUCAGUGGAGGGAGGGACAGACGCGACUGGGCACGACAGGGUUGGGGUCACUUCUGCGGCCAGGCGUCAAAAGUCAAAGGAUGGGGGUGAAGUCAGUGGAGGCUCUGCUGUUAGUGCGCUCCGAUGGACUUUGGGAGAGCUGCCUGCAAGUGGAGCACUCUGAGCUCAAACAGUGCUGGUCUGUGUCAGGUCCGUACCAGAGAGACCCGCGGGUUCGUCAAGCCCAAGGUUUGAUCCUGACCUCCUUGUUCCUGUGCGGCACCGGUAUUGUGCUGGCCUGUAUUGGGGUCCGAUGCUGGACGGAUCUUCCCCUGAGAGGUGUCGCAGCAACAGGUGGCCUCCUGGUGGUGCUGUCCGGACUGCUGAGCUUGACUGCCCUCGGGGUGUACACGCACAACCUUGAAAGACUGGGGAUGGCGGGUCCAAGCCACGGCGGCAUCCAUGGCCACAGGUUCCCGCACCUCAGCCUGCAUCCAGCCGGCUCGCUGUACUUCGGGUGGCUGGGUUCAUGUUUACAGGUGCUGGGCGGUGGCGCCCUGCUGUUUAGCUUCAAAAAACCAAAAUGCCUGACCUGCCCGUCCUGCCCGGACCUACCCGUCUGUCUCGCGUGUCCUUCAUGUCGACGGAUAACCAACAAGCGGGACACGGAUAUAUACGAUGUCACUUACUAGAGACUUUACGUAACAAUGUAGACGUGGUCUUCUGGUUGGAAAAGUGAAGCCCAGGGUGUAGGAGGUCACCACCAGGGGGCGACUCUAUGAAACGCUAUGUCUAUGAGAAAAUGUGCCCACUUUUCAAAUGAUUUUGUAAAAAUGAUGAGCCCAUCUGUGCAUCUUCUCACGCUUUACCCUCCAGAGGGGGGUCGCAGGGUGGGGGGCGAAAGGCUAAGAACACCCUGGACGGAUCGCCGGUCCGUCACAGGGCCAAACAACCAUCCACUCCCACACUCACACCUAUGGUCAAUUAAGAGUGUGCAAUUUGCCUAACCCCCAAAUCUGCAUGUUUUUGGACUGUGGGAGGAAACCAGAGAAAAUUGGAUGAUGAAGAACGUCACACAAAUAAGAGCAUGCCAGUUGGCAGCUAGUUAUGUCCAACAGGUGCCUGCGUGAAGGUGAAGUCUGUGAAUUUCAACCGCAAUUAGUUCCGCAACCAGAAGACGACGUCCGUUGUUUUAUAAAGUCUACGAUACAUGAAAAACCUUGUAUACAACAAGAUGCACAAAUGUAGACAUGCUCCUGAAGUCGCUCCCCCAUGACUCAGCUAAUCAAUCUGCCACUUAAUGAAAUUAGUCAACUAAAAAUGACGGUGAGCCCCAGAACGUCACCUGAUCGAUGGAAUUUAUGUCAAGUAUGAACACGACGGAAGGAAUUGUCUCUUGACACGGACAGAAGCAUCAUUUGGGAGCGUGAAAAAUCCAAAGUGAUGAAUCACGGAGCACAAAGACUUUUUAAUAGAUUCACUCAGAUCGCCGUGGUUUGACAGGAGUUCAAGUUCAAGCUGCCUUCAAGUCCAACGUGUGGUGAAUGAAACGUGAUCUCUCUGUGCUGCCUUUUUUUUUUCUCAUUUGUAGCCAUGCCUUUGCACUGUUAGCGAGAGACACGGCGGCGUUGUUUGUAUUUUCCGAGCAAAACUGUGAAGCGUGACUUUGUGUUCAUGCGGCGAGUGACGAAGCGCAAGGGUAGCAGUUGUUUACAUCAUGUUAGGGCUUCAAAUGGAUUAAGGAGCUAGUUUUACAUUUCAAUAAGCAGAUGAUGUUGUAAAAAUAAAAAAUGUUGUGAAUGUAUACUUGUGAGGUUCAUGGUUCUCUAUAUUUCGGCAUUCCUAGAUAGUGUUCGCCAAAAAUGAUGUGCAGUCUGCUUUCUAAUAUUUUGUAUUCAGAUCAGCGCAUCUCUUCAGUCACGGUAAAUGUUUGUAUGAUAAGUACGUCACACUUUAUUACACGAGUCGUUUUAUUUGUGGGUGACUCUGUCUGUUCUUAUACUGUUUUAGUGUGUUCACGUGUGGUGGUGUGUUCUGCAUUCAAUAAAAUACCUUA